CAACACACACGGACUGCUGUGCGCUCACUCACGCGUUUUCAGAAGAUAUGAUUCCUGCAAAUAGCCUCUGUGCUACCUUGUGAACAGCUUCACUGUUCAGAAAAGCACCCAAGGCAGAAGAACAGUGAGGUGCUGAGGGAAAAGUGCAGACUCUAGAGCGGAAGGGAUAUGAGUUUCUGAACCUAGAAGACUGGCCCUGCAUCCUAGGACAGUGGAUGCCUCCUGUGUGAUGACAUCCCGACAUCUUUAUAAGUUCCAUUGCUGAGCUGUGUUGUGGGGGUGUCUUCUCUCUUUCAGCGUGUCACCAGUACUGAUGAAGCCCUCAUUGCUGCUUCUGUCUCACCUCUGCCUGUUCAGCCUCCUGCCUCCCUCGUGGGCAUCAGACUCGGCACAAGGCACCUCCAGCCUCACUUGUUGGUAUGACUCACGGGCGGCUCUCUUCUGCGACUGGGACCCGGGCAGGGACCUGGCUGAAGCACCAUGUGAGCUGGAGAUUUUCUCAGAGAAAGGCUUUUGUGACAGUUUACCAGAGUUAUACCCCUCACCUGAAAAACGCAAGAAGCACUGCAAAUUACCCAAGGCAGAGCAUAUGACAGGACUGAGGAGAUGCACCAAAACCUUAAACCAAAAUGUUAAUACUCAGUGCUUCACCAUUUCAGACAGUCUUAACUUUUCUGUCCAUUGCCACACUGGAGAGAAAAAACCCAAAAUACCUGUGCAAAUAAAAGACUUCAGCCCAUUUGAUAAUAUAAAGCUGAGGCCUCCAGAAAACCUUCAGCUGGCUAACAUUACUGAAACCACUUCCAACCUAACAUGGAGCCUGAAUAUUUCCUCCCACUAUUUGGAUGGGAAGCGGGAGUACCAAGUGCAGUACCGACACGUGAGUCAGUCCUGGGAGGAGGCUGUAAACCUUCCCAUUGAACAGGACCAGAUGUGGGUAAAUUUCGAGGGGCUCUCACCCAACUCGAAAUACGAGGCAGCUGUCCGUGCAAGGCCUAGUGCCAGGAGCCACUACAAAGGCGUGUGGAGUGACUGGAGCAAGCCUGUCCUGUGGAGGACACACCCUGACCAAAAGGGAACAUCCCAGCCAGUCCUGCCAGUUCUGAUAGUGAGCACUUUGGUCUUCGUGAUCAUUGGGACUGCCUUCCUCAUUAACCUACGGACCCUGAAAUGGUUUAAGAAGAUACUGAAGAUUCACAUCCCAGACCCCGAGAAGUUUUUUCCCCCACUUGUUUCGGUUCACGGAGGUGAUAUUCAGAAAUGGCUCUCCUCCCCAUUCUCCACAUCUUCCUUGUGUGUGAACAGCACAAUCCCAGAGAUCUCUGUGCUGGAGGUGAUGCAGAAGAACGACCAGGAAUCCCGGUUUCUACUUUCCAAGGGAACCCUGACUCCUGAUCCUCCCACAGAAACCAGUGUGCACUCUGGAUCCAGCUGCUUCACCAACCAAGGUUACUUCUUCUUCCACCUUUCCAACUCCUUUGAGAUCGAGCCCUGUCAGGUGUACUUCACCUACGAGCCUUUCGCUCAGGAGGGCAGUGGCAGCAGGGAUGGCGAGUGUUACCAAGCUCUCCCCUCCCCAGACCUCUGCACACUGGCAGAGGACAUGAAUGUGUUGCCCAGCAACUUCUUUCACUGUAUGGAGGCAACCCAGGGCUUCCCAAAGAGCUCCUUCGUGGAAGAGCCAGCAGGGGAAGCCCAGCAGGCCAUGGCUGUUCCUGGGGCUCUCCACUCGAGCGAAGGCACCUCACCAACACCAGUUCUGGAACAGGAUGAGAAAGUGAUGGACAAAGCAGUUUCACAACCUGCUGAGGCCGUGUGCCAGCUGGACACUGACUUUCCUGAUCCACUGGAGCUGCAGGACAGCGACACUGUCAGUGAAACAGAGGGGAGCGGGGAGGGGGGCGCUCCCACUGACCCCUGCACCCCAGCAGCAAAUGCUUCCUCUUCCUGCUCCCAGCCUCUGCCUGUCAGGCAAAGACAGGAUGAAGAUCCAUGCCACACAGCCUUCUCCAGCCAGGUGCCAAACACUGGUGCCUACCUUUCUCUGAGGGACCUCCAAAGCCAGUACAGCCAUUGCUCUGUCUGAGCUCUGAGACCCGCAGGGUGGGAAAUGCCACCUCUGCAGGGAAGGCUAGAUGGACAGUCUCUCUCCUCAGGACAUGAAUGUAACUUCAGCAUCAAUCCCAUUGGGACUGCUCGCUAAUGAGGCUGGAAAACACAGGCCAACAAGGACUUACCUUGAUGACCAAAUCUGUUUUUCUGUUAAUAACAGCUCUGAUGGCAUAGAAACACCUCACACUUCUCAAGUGACAUUCCAAACCUCACCAACAAGUUUUUCCCUUCCCAGCUCCCAGUAGGAGACUGUGCCUGCCAGCACUUCCAUGCUCUGCAUUUUGGUGUAAAAUAGCACUCAGCUUUGAGGCUGAGCAGGCAUAUGGUCUGUUUGCCUUAUACUGGCCGAAAAAUCUCUCAUGGGAUGCAGACAUAGCUGAAGAUGUGGAUAUGGGAUUUUGUACAGGGGACAAUAACACUGCCAGUCAGUACUGGCAUGGAUGAUGAAACGGGUGAAGACAUCUCCUCCUGAUUGAUCAAGGGUGUGAUGUUUUUCUAUGAUGUCCUCACUUUAGGUUUUAAUUAGAGAUUACAUUCUAAGCUACUCGGUCCAGCUUUAGACUUUAGAGUCUAGACUCUAAGGUUGGUUCAGAGCCACAAUUGCGUCAGCUGUCUAAGCAGUGCAGCAUAAAAAAGAAAUCCCCAUUAUUGGGCUUAAAAUACUGGGGAAAUCCCCUCCCUCUCUUUCUUUCCUCCAACUCUGACGGUGGCAGCAAAAAGAACUCACACAGUUUCCCAUUCUUGCUACAAUAUUUUUCAUGAAAUCGAAAGCCUUUCUGCCCUGCUGGCAAACUACAGUUAUUUGACUGCGAUAAGCUGAUUGCAGAAGAGUUCAUCCCACAUCCUGUAUAAGUGGAAAAUACCAUAGCAUUGCUGCCCAUUCCUUCCACUGCUCAAGGGAAACCAUUGCCUAACUAGCAGCAAAGAUGUGGUGAAUGAGCCCAGAAAACUAACCCACGAAUCAGCACCUUUACUGAAAAGAAAACCUCAAUCCACUGCAAAGAAUGGGGAUAGCACAGACUUUAUUUUUCUUCUUCCUCUACGUGCCCUGAUCUGGUUUAAGAAAAAAGCCACAGAGGAAAAGUGGUAAGGCAAAGGAAGAUGUCUGCACUCACCAUUUGUACUAUCUGUCCAUUUUCUUGAUGUGUUUAUGGACUUUUCAGCAGUGGGAAAAUACCAGCCAUAUGCUAAGAGUUCUUAUCUCUUUAAAACUCUUCUAAGAGAAUUUAUACCAAAAAGCUCGAGGAUAUUGAACUUGUUAGUGCUUCAGUCACAGCUGUGAGUGUAGACCAGAACUAAUUCUUUCCUAUCUCUGCCUGUCCAAGCAUUGAUAUUCCUGCUCCUACACUGCUACCUGACCUUGCAGUAUGCAUCCUGAAUGCCAUUAUGAGUCCUGGGUGCAGGGUCACCCACUGGCUUGGAUUUCACCUCUGAGCUGCUCAGAGGAGGUGGGAGGGCUUCAGGAACUAUUCCUCUCUUCCUAUCAGCUCCUUCUCUAUCUGUCUCAAGACAUGGACUGCUCCAUUGUGUCCAGGAAAAAACAGGAGAAGAUGACCCCAUAGUUCCCAGAUAAGGAAGCACAAGGCUUUCCCAGCUGUUUCUGUACUUUGAGAAUCUUCCCAGAUGGACUUUGAAAAGAUACACUGACUCCCUUGCCUCUGACGGACAGUUUGCGAUGUUACAUGGGCCAAGGAUCCAAGCUACACUGUCCCCAUGUAGACUUUCUUAAGCUUUUCUGUUUUCCUUUAUAAAUUCAUUAAGGUUGGAAAAGACCUUCAAGAUUAUUUACUCCAAAUUUUGACAGAAUACUACCAUGGCCACUAAACUUUAUUGCAAAGUGCCACAUCUACUUUUAAUUCCAAAGAUGGUCAGUCCACCACCUCCCUGGGGAGCCUAUUCCAAUGUUUAACAACUCUUUCAGUGAAGAAGUUUUUCCCUGGACAUGCUCCAGCACCUCAAUGUCCUUCAUGUAUUGAGCAUCCCAAAACUGAAUACAGGAUUUGAGGUGUGGCCUCACCAGUGCUGUGUGCAGGGGGAUGAUCCCUUUCCCAGCCCUCCUGGCCACACUAUUCCUGAUAUAAGCCAGGAUGUCACUGGCCUUCUUGGCUGCCUGGGCACACCUGGCUCAGGUUCAGCCACUGUCAACCGGCCCUGCUGCCAACAGUACCUGGCACCUUGUUGAACCUCACACCACUGGCCUCACCUCCUCAAUCCAACCUGUUCAGACCCCUCUACAGAGCCUGCCUAUCCUGAAGCAGAUCAACACUUCUGUCCAGCAUGGUAUCAUCUGCAAACUGACUAAAGGGGAGCCCUUGGUUUCCUCAUCUAGAUUAUUGACAGAUAUUAAACAGAUCUGGCCCUAUGCUGAGCCUUGUGGAGCACCACUGAUGACUGGCUGCCACAUGGAUUUAACUCCAAUCACCAUAACUCUUCAGGCUUGGCCAUCCAGCCAGUGUUUUACCCAGCAAAGAGCACACACACCCAUGCCAUGGGCUGCCAGUUUCUCCAGGACAAUGCUGUGGUAGAUAGUGUAAAAUGUUUAACUGAAAGUUAGGUAGACAACAUCCACAGUGUUUUUCUCAUCCACUAAGUGGCCACCUUGUCAUAGAAGGAGAUCAGGCCGGCCAAGCAGGCCCAGCCUGUCCUAAACCCAUGCUGGCUGAGUUUGAUCCCUUGGUUGUUCUGCACAUUAUGUUCUACCAUGUGGUGGCGCUCAAGAUGACCUGUGCCAAGACCUUAUGUGGCACCAAGGUCAGCCUGGCAGGGCUAUAGUUCCACAGAUCCUCCUUCCAGCCCUUUUUGUAGAUGUCACACUGGCUAACCUCCAGUCACCUGGGACCUGCCUGCCCAGCCAGGACUGCUGAUAAAUGAUGGAGAGUGGCUUGGCGAGCUCUUCUGCUAAGUUUUCUCAGUGCCCUUGGGUGGAUCACAUUCAGCCCACAGACCUGGGAGUGUCUAAGUGACACAGCUGGUCACUAACUGCUUCUGCCUGGAUUAUAGGGGGUUUGUUCUGCUCCCUUUGUCUUCUAGCUCAGGGGAGUGGGUACCCUGGGGACAUCUGGUCUUUCUGUUAGAGACUGAGGCAAAGAAGGCAUUAAGUAGCUCAGCCUCAUCUUUGAUGUCAAUAUUCCGCUUCCAUGAUGAAUAAAGGAUGGAGAUUCUCCUUGCCCCUC